AUGGAGCGCUCCCAAGAUUCGGGGGCUACGCCCCCCGACUCGCCUCCAGACGCUGCUGUUGCAGGAGCUGCAGCACCGGACGCUGCAGCAGCAGGAGACGCUGCAGCGGCUUCCCAGGAGGACCCUUCUGCAGCUGUAACCCCUUCAGGAGGAGGCGCUGGCGGCUCUGCAGAGAUAUCGCAGUUUGAAGUGAGGGAAGACCGCUUUCUUCAGGCAGCGCUGAGAGUCCGCGUGAAUGCAGGGUUUCUCCCCAAUUGCCUUUUCCUCCCAAAUGCGGCCGAAGAAUGCACCAGAGGGGGGCAUGAACCGAGGUUGCGUCUGGAGAUGGUGCAGGAGAUUUUGAUUGAACGAACCCAAAUUUUGUGGCGAACGAAAUCCCAGAAUCCCUUCAGAGCGAACGCUGAGGCAUUCCGCAGGCUUACGGACGACACAUACACCAAGUACUUACCGGCAGAUAUCCGUGCAGAAGCAGCUGUAGCAGUUCAAGAGCAGCUUGUGAAUAAUUGUGUGUUGCUGCUGGGCUGCGUAGAACUUUUUGAGUUGGGAGAGACGCCGCCAACUCAGGAAGUGUCUCGACAGUUUGCGGAGUUUCUAGAGGGAGGGGCUCCGACGGCCUUCAUUACAAGACUCUUGGCAGCAAUUCGCGAUUCUCCUGGUGGAGAGGAGACGGCUGCUGCUUCAUUUGAAGGAGCAAUUGAGACUUUCUUUGCUGCACUCACGGGAAGAGGGGUGGGCGACUACAAAGCCCCCGCUGUUGGCGCUAUUCGAUUUUUGUCGUCCUUUAAAUCCAUCGCCUCCUACAUUGCGGCAUCUCCCUGUUUCAUGCCUUCUUUCGCGCCGCUGCUCCCGGGGUCUCAGCCGGGGUUCUUCCUCCAGGAGAAUUCCCUACUAGGCAGACUCCUUUCCUUCACUCCUCUAGACGGACCCGUCCUACCUAAAGGCCAGCAGAGCAGUGUCCAGAAGGCGUUUGCUGGUAGCGCUGCCCUAGCACCGAACUAUUUGCAAAACGCUAUACAGGGGAUGCGUCAUGACAUCCAAAAUAUGAUGGACAUAGAUGACCAGGCAUGCAAUCUUGCUGCUGCUGCUGCUGCCGCCGCCGCCGCCGCUGCCACUGCUGUUUCUACUGUUGCUGCCGCUGAUGGUCCUAUCGUGAAGAACAUUUGCCGGGCGGGGAAGGUGGAGAGACACCGCGUGUUGCAGUGGUUUGCUGCUGUUUUAUCUUCCAAUGAAGCACGAGCCAAGGCAGCACACGCCCACAUGAUGCUGCACCAGCAGAGCCCUGAGUCCGCCGAUCCCCUUCACUCCUUCCUUAUAAAGGCGCAGGGCCAGAAUUCAUUUGGGUUUUGCAUUAAUAUAUUCCACGCCCUGUUACUGCUUGUCGAGCCUAUUAAAUAUGAAAAGAUCUGUGAGGUGUCUCCCUUUUACGCCACCUGCGGGGCGGCCGGCGACAGGGUGCGGCAGGCAAUUGUAGGACCGCUGCGCCGGGAGGCGCUUUUGGGAGAGGGAGAAGCAGCGGCAACAGCGAAAGAGUUUUACAAGACAAUUGCUGCUGAAGAUGCGAAUGCCAAAUUUACAACAGAGGUCUUCUGGCUCACGAUCCGGGCCGUCCGACUCUGCUUCAAUCCUUGCGCAAACGAGUGCAUGCGGUGGAUGGAGUAUUUUCAACGGCGGCAUGAGGAAGGAAUGCAGCAGAAUUCGCCAGAGUCCAAGCAAAUAGUGGCUGAGGUGUUGGGUUGGCGAGUUCUCCCGCCAGGAGGGCCAGAUACGCCUGCGCAGCCGCCCCCCCAAUUCGCAUUGCUCCCUAGCGGCAUCGUUGAAGAGGUAUUUUUGUCUCUACGGCAUAUGGCCGAGCUGCAGGCCAUAUACCAAAGCCUUCGAGGCGCACAGGGUGGCGAACUGUCUCCUUGCAGCAGCAUGGAUGCGGAGUUGGUUGCUGCUGCUUGUAUUGCUGUCAUGGGGUCCCCCACCUACUUCCGCAGUGUGCAUACACGUUGCGACGGAGCUUGUCGGACGCUGCAUCGUUUGUUUUUGCUGGAUACCUUUCGUUCGCGUCUAGAGUCUCUUUCUAUAUCCCGUCGUUUUUUGCUGCCUGCCUUGUUUGAGGCCUUCAUAGAUUCAGAAAGAGGAUCUUAUUACGACCGAAUAAAUUUUCGAAUUCCAAUUGUCGAUAUGUUAAGUCGUCUUCUCGCCAAUGCCGAUUAUCGCGCCAACAUGAAAAGUUUAGCAGAGACACGCCCAGAGAAGUUUUUACAUUUAAUACAUUUACUGCUCAACGAUGUCGCAGCUCUUGUUGACCAGGCAAUGGAGGCCCUUGUGGAGAUAAGGAAGAGACAGUUAGAAGGCCGAGACAAUGACCAGGCCCCUCUCCCUGGUCAGGCUGCUCCUCGCGGUGCUGCUGCUGGUGCUGCUGCUGGUGCUGCUGCUGGGUCUGGAACUUCCACCUCUAGUUCUUCCUCCAGGGCCCCCGCGGCCCAGGGUGCCGCCGCUGCCGGAGAGGAAGAGGAGUCUGACGGAGACGAGG